AUGGGUAUGAUGAGUACCACUGAUUAUCAAAAUGCAUUUUCAAAAGUUUUUAAGAAUCCUGAUGAUAGUAUCAGUUAUGAGGUAUUGGAAGCGUUAAAAAAAACUGAAGGAGUAAAUGUUGAGAGACAUGUUCGGAGUGCUGCUACUGAGUUCAAGAGAGAUAAUGAUAGACGUAUUCGUGAUGAUCGGGAUAUCGCCAAU